AGAGAGAGAGAGAGAGUAGAAGUUAUUUUUCUUAGUGCCUAUUCGUGGCCAUCACUGCCAAAUAGUACUCUUCACAACCAAUCUCUUUCAGUUCGAUAUACUUUGCUCUGUUACAUCAAGUACCCGACAGAAUACCACUCUGAGACUCAGUAGGGUUUUUAAUUAGGCACCAGAUCUUGUUCUUGCUCACGAAUGCUUUCAUACCCUACAUAGGGUUCUUCUCUUGAUCACUUCAAAACCGUGCUAAUCACUUGAAUAAUCAGAUUUCAGCUUCCGAGCCUCGAGUUUUCUGAUCUGGGUACGUCAAAUUCCCCUGUUUUUCCCCCCACUUUCUUGUACUUUCUUUCUAAUGUGAAGCAUUUUCCGGGAAAAUUGAGAUAUUUUCUUAUCUGGGUUUUCUUGUUCUUGCUCUGUUGUUGUUUGGUUGACAAUUGAUUUGAUGGAAGAAGAUCAAGGAUCGAAGUUUGUGUGCAAGGUUUGUAACAAGACGUUCUUCAGUGGAAAGUCCUUGGGUGGUCACAUGAGGGGUCAUAUGGCUAUGAUUUCAACUAAAAAACGUGAAGCUCGCAGAGAAAUCAGUAUGGGCAGUGAAGGUUUUGGUCACACUGGUUAUGGCCUAAGAGAAAACCCCAAGAAGGUUUGGAAAGUUUCAGAUUCAAACACUAGUGAUUUCAAGCUAGAAAAGCUCAAAAACAGCAAUAUGGGUUUCGAAGAUGGUUUUAAAGCUAAAGUGAGAGUUUCCGAUUCAAAACAUUGUGUUUGUGAAGAAUGUGGCAAAGGGUUUGAUUCGAAGAGAGCUUUGUCUGUUCACAAGAGGAGUCACUCAAUGAAAGAAAGAGAGAGAGAAGAGAAUCAUUGUAAAGAAUGUGGGAAAGGGUUUGAUUCAAUGAGAGCUCUGUUUGGUCACAUGAGGAGUCAUUCCAAGAGAUCUAGGUUGUCUAGGGUCUCCGAUCAAUCCCUGGAGAGCCACUCCGGCGACGAGGCUGAGUGUUUGAUUCGGAGAAAGAGAUCAAGAACAAGGUACAGAGUGAAUUCCUCUUUCUCUAAUUUUAAUGCAUCUUCUUCAUCUGUUUGUGAGAUUAAGGAAGUAGAAGAGAUUGCUAUGUGUUUGAUGAUGCUAUCUAGAGGUGUGAAGAAUUGGGCCGACUUUAAUUCAGUUAAUACAGAGUUUUCAUAUACUAACUUUGUGAAUUCCGAAGCUCAAUCAUUGAAUCCGGAUAAGGGAAUUGCUAACAUUGGUGAUGAUACUUGUAAGAUGAAAGCAAUAGAGAAGUUAGAUUCUUGUGUUUCGGUUUCCGGGAAUUCUUUGUCUGAUAAAAGUGUGUCCCAAUUUGCUGAUUUUAAUUCUGAGCCUGCCAGUGAAGAUGACACAAAUGUUGAAUUGGGAGUUUCUGUUGAUGGGUUGUGUGAUUCUGAAAUAGAGAAGGGAUUUGAAUCUACUGAAGCGAAAUUAGAGAAGGAUGUGGUGAAAAAUGUUGGAUUUGGUCAAACUGACUUAGAACUGAUGAGGUCUAGUUCAAGCAAGAAAGCAAGGUUUGAUGUUCAUGACACUGAAUUGGAGGUGAAUUCUUGUGAUGGAACAAACUUCACCAAGUCUAGUUCUGGGAUCUUAAAGAACUCUCCAAAGGAAAACGAGUACAAGUGUAGGACCUGCAACAAGAUAUUUCAUUCUUACCAAGCACUUGGAGGUCACAGAACUAGCCAUAGGACAAUCACCGGCAGCUCUCCACUGAAGGUAGAGAGCUGCGAAAAGGGCAUCCAGACAAACGUUUUAUCCGAUACUGAAGCUAAUUUCAAGCUUGUCAAGGAUGAAUGCAAUGAGAACUCAAUUGAGGAUGGGCUUGGUAGAGUGUCCGUGACACGUAACGUAUUCAAAAGGAGCAAGGAGCAUGAGUGCCCGGUCUGCUUCAAGGUUUUUGCUUCAGGCCAAGCUCUGGGCGGUCACAAAAGGGCUCAUUACAUUGGUUUAACUGAAAGCAGAGCCAAAGAGACUGUAAUAAUAAAGCAAGAACUUCUUGAUGUUCACACUAGUUUUGAUCUCAAUCUUCCUGUUAAAGAGGCCGAUGGUGAUGUUUCGUUCAAUCUAUGGUGGGUUGGCACUGAUCACAAGCGUGAGCCACUAGUGAUCUCUAACUGACAACAUCAUUCCGAUCCAUUGUUUGCCUGAAAUUUGAAGGUUGUAAAGACAAUUUGAUGGAUUUUGCUACAGUUUUUAGGAUAAACCAUAUAAGAGGUAAAACUUUCCUUUUCUCUUCCAUUUCCAUGUCUAGUUUUGAUUUUGUGUCUGGAAAAGUCUCACUAUUGCAAAAUUGGA